UUCCGUUAAUGACACCGGCAGCGGAGUUGUUACAGCUGAUUGUCAGCUUUUUAACAUUUCAGUAUUAACAUUUCUCAUUAUAUAUUUGAGAGGUUGUUUGGCGACGGAAAUUCAGUUUUAAUCUGUCGCUGCAGGUGCAGCAAGAGGCUUGAUUCCGAGUGUCGUUGAUUAUGGUGUAGAGGGAGCGUUUCUCUGAGACAGCAGGAGAGCGCGUAGGGUAGCCAUGCUGACGUUGGCCAGUAAGCUGAAGAGGGACGAGGGGGUGAAGACUGGCAGGGCCCCUGGGGGCCCCUCCGACUCCUCUCACAGGGUCUCUAUCAGGGACCGGCUGCUCAUCAAAGAAGUUGCAGAACUUGAAGCCAACCUUCCUAGUACGUGUAAAGCCAGCUUCCCUGAUGAGAACAAGCUACAUCACUUUCAGCUGGCUGUCUCUCCAGAUGAAGGCUACUAUCAGAGUGGAAAAUUCCAGUUUGAAAUAAACGUCCCUGAAGCUUACAACAUGGUGCCUCCCAAAGUGAAAUGUCAGACCAGAAUAUGGCACCCCAACAUCGCUGAGACGGGGGAGAUCUGUUUGAGUUUGUUGCGGGAGCACUCUAUCGACGGCACUGGCUGGGCCCCUACGAGAACAUUAAAGGAUGUAGUCUGGGGAUUGAACUCCUUGUUUACCGAUCUACUGAACUUCGAUGACCCAUUGAACAUCGACGCGGCCGAGCAUCAUCUGCGCGAUAAGGAGGAUUUCCGGAAUAAGGUUCAAGAUUACAUCAAGCACUAUGCCAGAUGAUGACUGCGUCAGCUGCGCCGGCUGCCUGCAACCCCCCCUUUCUUCGACUGCGCAGCUGAACCCCGCCCCCUAAAGUCUCGUCAACCAACCGCUGCACAUUGCUGACGCCCUGACUGCAAUACAAUGACGCUGAAAGAAAAAAAA